AUGCCCUUGAUGAGGUCCACUGGCCAAAGCUUUCAAGCACGACCCUCCUCGGCACCCGAUGCUUGCUCACCGGUUGAAAGCGAGCCCGUCAAGCUGGAAUCCGAUGCGUCGGCGCAUGGGCCUGUGAAAGCUCCGUCCGACUGCCGCUCCCGCUGCAGCUAUGCGGACCCAUCACCAUCGCCGGCAAUCACCAGCAGGACGCCCGUGCGUCAGGGCGCCUCUGUCACAUUGAUCGUCGACAGACCGACUGCAAUCGAAAUCAGCGGCUUGCAUGGCGGGCUUCUUCGCUUUGUGGGCCUUGAAUGA